AUGCGGCUUCGUUGCUUUCUGGUAUUAAUUUGUGUGCCUAUCAUCUUCUCGAUCAAAUCCAUUGAUGCUUCAAGUGCCAAAGUACCUCGCUCACCGUUUUCUAGUGGUAACGAUGUUCACAAGGCCGCAGAGAGAUUCUUGCGAGUUAGCCACGCCACUGAUAAUGAUGGCGACGAGGAGAGGGCAGGAGGGGGGCUUUCUGUGCCUAUCGUAGAGAAAGUAAAGACGCUGGUCACGCCUCUGGUUGUGACGCCAGAUUUCAUUAGAAGAUGGCUCAAGAAAGAGAAAUCAGCUGCAUCGGCAUUCCAGCGCAUGCAUCUCCAGGAUGCCGGAGAUGAUCUCUUUCUGAACGAACAGUUCUUCAAGUGGGUCUCGUACGUAGAUGAGCUCAAAGUGGUCACCAAGAAUGAAAAUAUUAACCCAACCUCGACACUAGCUGCCAAGUACGGCGACGAUUCCCUCUACAAACUCAUUGAAAAGGCCAGGGAGAGCACGAACGUGAAAACGAAGGAAUUGGCAACGCAUCUUCAAGCAGAGCAAAUGCGGUACUGGAUAGAUACAAGAAAGGAUCCUAGCGACGUCUUUCAUCUAUUCCAGCCCAGGAUCAAGUCAAGUCAGGAUAUCUUCAGCAACCCUGAAUUCAGAUCUUGGGUCAAGUAUGUGGACGAUUUGAACGCAAAGUAUCCAGAGCACACUGUGUCAAUGGUUCCAGCAUUACGAAAAUAUGCCACGGAUGGUGAUCUGCUCCAGUUAACUUUGAAAGCGAAGAAUAUUGAUGCAACCAAAAGCAUCGCAAAGAGGGUGGAGGACGAUGUGCUUCAGUUCUGGCUGACUAGUCGAAAAACACCGGAUGAGGCCCUGGUUGGUCUCAAACUUGACGUGUUGUACUCAUUAGAAAACCCGAUAUGGAGCACGUGGACCAAGUACCUAAAACAAAUUCAACAAAAGGUACCCCAACGAGGCAACUAG